CACAGGGCAAGCCAGGCUAAGCGAAGCCAGUUACCAUGGCAACCACACAGGGAGGAAAGACCUUUGGUCUGAGUAAGGACGUGACCUUGGCCGUCCUUCCCAGACUGCACCAGGAGGAACUUCUACUUGAACUUGGGCGAAGGAACAUCCUCGUGGGAGAAACUUACAAAAAGGAGAGUUUGGUCAGCAAGCUGUGGCUCAUCAUGGUUAAGGAGUACCAAGCUAUGGUCCACUCCAUCGCUGCUGGAACGUCACCCAGCUCAGCCACAGAACAGAGGAACAUGUGGGCGACCUUGUCAAACGACCUUCAAGAGCUGAUGGAGACUGUAACACCGACAAACACUGUUCCAUCAACACCAAAUACCACACAAACAAAUGGUGCAACUACAGCCAAUGCUGGCACUGGCAGCACGGGUGCCCAUCUUACUAGUGCAGUUAGAAGCACCGACUCUAAGCAGACACAACAAUUGACAUCAGUAACAAUAGCAAGUCCUCCGCGUCUUCCUAUCUCAAUAUUCGCUCAAGAAGUUGUCGUUGAGACAACGGCAGGAUCGGCCAAGAGUCCAGUCACCUCCCCAAGGAGAAGUGCAAGGCUGCACAUCAUGGAGACACAAGAAGCAGAAGCAUCUUCAAGUGCGAGCAACCUUGGGCGCACAGGUGAUGUGGUGGUAGAGACUUACCAGCUUUCAGAAGAAAACCCAGCUGCAGCAAGCAAAGAAGGCCGGGGGAAAGGAAAGGCGAAGCUUCGAGCUAUGGCAGUUACCAGGUCGGAUUCCUGCAGUGUGGGCUCCAACACUGUUGUAACAGACCUAGGAGCAAUCAGGAGGCUGGUGGAUGUAGAUGAAGAUGAUCCUGCUGCAGCAGAAGAUGAGGAGGAAGAUGAAGAGUCAUCAGAUGAAGAUGAUGAUGUUCCAUUGGAUGAUGAUGAUUCAGAUUGGCAACCAGAGUCACCAGUGGAGGACAGGCAGCAAAACAGUAGCAGUAAGAGAAAGUCUAGUGGUAAAGACAGCAGUUCAGCUUAUGGCGCAUCCGUUGAAGAGAGUACUACUGCACUGACAGACAACAAGCCUCCACGAAAGCAAAGGAAGUCACGCAGGGAACCAAAGGCAGACGACAAGCCUCCACCUAAGCGGAGAAAAUCUCGCAGGGAACCAAAAGAACUUGGCUACCGAGGAGACAAAAUCUUAACUUGCCGUCAGUGUGGCUACACCACCAGAUACCCCAUGGUCAUGGAACGUCACCAACAGGGUCACACUCGUGUCCUGAAAUGUGCGGAGUGCGAGUUCACCACGGAAUCCAAGACGGCGCUAAACUACCACAAGACCACACACAACACGACCCGCACCUUCGCCUGCACAGAGUGCGAAUAUCGAGCACAGACAAUGGCAAAGCUACGAAAACACUUCAAGACCCACACCGGAGAGCAACCUUACAAGUGUAAGGAGUGUGACUUUUCCUCCAAGUUUCUUGGUUUGCUUACCAAGCACAUGGCGAUGAAACAUGGCAAAAAUAGGCUUCAAUGCGAGCAAUGUGGGCACAAGUCCACAACAGCAAACGCGUUAAAAACCCACAUGUAUGUACACACUGGCGAGAAACCUUUCAAGUGCUUGCAAUGUGACUUUGCAGCCCCACUUUCGAAAGGUCUGAAACGUCACGUGAAGACGUGCCAUCCAGGCGAGAAGUGUUUCAAGUGUGAUCGCUGCGACCACCUUGCUGAAAGUUUGAACCUUCUACGUCAGCACAAAAGGACGCACAAGGUGCACAAAUGCCCAGUGACAGCUUGUCCAUUUUCGAGUUAUAACAAGGACGAAUUACUCCAGCACCUUUCCAGAAGACACUCUAGGCAUCAACAGUACUCCUGCACUGUUUGUAACUACAAAACCUUCUUACUGCAUGAGCUAAACGAGCACAUGAAAACCCAUAGUGAUAUCUAUAAGUGUGACAAGUGUGAGUUUUCUGCCAAGACAUACAUCAAAUUUAGAAGUCAUAUCACAAGCCACAACAAAUUGGAGCAAUACAAAUGUGACAAGUGCGACUUUAGUUCAAAGAUAAAAUCAGUUGUCCUCAGACACAGCAAAGACCAUGGAGAUGACCCAUUCAAGUGUCCGCACUGUGAAUACAAAGGAAAGAAUCAGAAUGAACUGAGCAUUCAUCUCGGAAAGCACGUGACUAAUGCGACUACUUGUGGCAUGUGUGGAUAUGUUGCCAACACAGAGGAGAGCCUGGAACAGCAUAUAGAGGAACACAACAAUGGACUCAAAAUCUACCAGUGCGAUUUUGGUGGCUGCGAUUACUCAACUCCAGACCGCGCAUGCUUGGAUCGUCACGCGACUUCCCACGACUUGAACCGUCCGUUUCCGUGCGACCUGUGCGACUACAGGGCAACGAAGAGGCAGCACCUUGCGGCCCACAUGAGGAUCCACACGGGGGAGAAACCGUUUAAGUGUUCCAAGUGUCCGUACGCUUCCGCCUCGCAGCAUCAUCUGCAUCGUCACGAGGCAGAGCAUGGACGUAACUUCCCCAACAUGUGUGACAUCUGUGGGUUCACGUCGUCAAUCAAAAACAGGCUAGAGGAGCACAAGAAGCUGCACACGGGACAGGCAUCGACAGAGCAACAAAACAUCAGUAAAGAAGGAGACGAAACACAGCAGUGUUCCCACUGUGAUUUCAGAGCAUCAAAUGGACAUGAACUGUAUUUACAUGCAAUGAAACACAUCAGUGAAGACCAAGAUGGUGAUGAUGAUAAUGAAGAGGAGAAAGCUGUACUGAAAAAUGAAAAUGUCAGUAAUAAUGCAGAUUCAUAGACCAACAAAACUUCUUUCUAAAGAAAUAAAAGUGUAGGGUUAACUCCAUUCAAUGAUCAUUAUCAUUGAAAUAUCCAUUUUUGGCUCUUGGAACUUUUUUUUCAUUGUUUCAUUCUGAUGACUAAAACAUACCGGGUUGUUUCUC